GGAAAACGCAGGAAAUGAAAUGCGAUCCGACAAUUUCCCCGUUGUGAUGUGAUGCUUACAAGAUAUAACACGUUUAACCCCAUUUUCUGUCAAACAAUGAACACGAUGUCCCCAUGAUGUGUCACAAAGCCCCACUUCUCCCACUAUGGUUGUAGAUGGCACCAUGCUGGACAAAACCAGUGAUAAAGUCCAACGGACUGGGCGUUGCUCAGACUGUGGAUGCAGUCUCACCCUACCAGAGCCAGACUCUGACCCUGAAUCAACCAACACUUCAACCACAUCUAAACAGCAACGCGUGCACAAAAUAGACAGUCCUUCUAAGUGUCCAUCCUGCCAGGCGGGCAGCAGCCUCCCCAACAGUCGACGGCCACACCGGCGCACCCGCCUCGACCCUCACAGCUGCUCCCUGUGCCCCAAAACCUUCAUCUCCUCAGCCCACCUGAGCCUUCACCUCGCCUCACACAACAAAGAAAGGAAGUUCAGAUGUAACAUCUGUGGAAAGUAUUUUCAUCAGUCCUCCCACCUGGUGGCACACAAGACUAUCCACAGCGGGGACAGGCCGUUUAAAUGCCCAGAGUGUGGUAAGACCUUCGGCCGGGCCUCGCAUCUGAAGACUCACCGUCGACUUCACACUGGCGAGAAGCCCUUCAAGUGCACCUUCUGUGACAAGUCGUUCACCCAGAAGGCUGGGCUCCUGGCACAUGUUCGCCUGCACACAGGGGAGCGACCGUACAAGUGUGAGCAGUGUGGUGAGGGUUUCCGCUCUUUGUCACUUCUGCACUCUCACAAGGAGUCCUCCGGGCAGGAAAAGCCAGCAUCGACAGCAACGCUCAACCAUCCCCAGAACACACAAAGUAGCUCUGAGGAUCUAAAGUGUGGCGUCUGCUGCCGCACCUUUGUACGAUCGUCAUACAUCAGGCUGCACAUACACCUCAACAAGGGACAGCGGCCCUAUCACUGCAAAGUAUGCAACAAGACCUUUGUCAAGCUGGAUACGUUUGUAAACCACUGUGAUAAACACUUAAGGCAGAAAAAGGAUAAAAACAAGCAAGUUAAAGACAAAGUGGUUAAACCUCCUAUGUUUGUCCCGCUCUCCAGGCCUCCUUCUCCUGAAUCCUCCUCACCCUCCCAGCCUUUAUCCUCUGAGAUCAACACACGCUCCAGAGCCAAAGUCAAGAGCAAAACAGAGCCCUGAUCAACAAGGGCGCAUCCAG